CGAUUUACAAAUGAGGAAAAGGAAGCAAUUUACACAACUAUAAGAGCAGCAGUGAACAAGUGCUGUAGGCAAGUUUCAGGUGUGUAAAGUCUAAGAAGCAAAGCAUUAGUAGUGUAAAAUUUAUUUACAUAUUUGUAGAUUGAAUGUGAGAGUUCAGGAAAGUGAUUUCUUCCCUCUUAGGGAUGGAACCACGAGGCGACGUUCAUUCACAGAACGCAAGUUUCUGGAGGGCACAUACAUCUGCAAAAGUGAGAGCAGAUAAGAAGGAGCAAAGCCAGAGGUCGCUUUGUAAGCAAACAUCAGAGCUUUGAAUUUGAUGCGGGCAGCAACUGGCAGCCAGUGCAAACGGCAGAUCUUGCGAUCCUUCCACAAACUCCAAGAGUAGCAGCUGAAAUCUGACAUAAUGGUGGAGUUUGAGUUUGUUAAAGUGGAGAUUGAUGACCUGACGGAUCCAGAACCAUCCAGAAUAAAUCAUGAAGAUGCUGAGGUUACUGAACAAACAGAUCCCAAGGAAAAGAACGAGCACAGAGCCAGCCUGAAUGAGGAAGAGGAAGACUUCAAAACUCUGAGCAUAAGAGACAGAGAGCUGUGUGGAAAAAGUGGAGGACUGAUGGAAAAGAGUAAACAGCAGAAGAAAACCGAUAAAGAAAAAACCGACUGCUUGUGUUUGGAGUGUGGGAAGAGCUUCACUACAGCUGACAACCUGAAACGUCACCGAAUGAUCCACAAUGGAGAAAAACCAUACAAGUGCUCCUAUUGUGAGAAGAGUUUCACUCAGGCGAUAACAAUGAGAGUACACGAGCGAAUUCACACCGGAGAAAAGCCGUAUCACUGUCCUCAAUGCGGAGAGAGUUUCAGAUAUAAGACUUACCUCACUUAUCAUCUGCAUAUUCACACCGGAGAAAAGCCGUUCACCUGUACUCAGUGUGGUCACGACUUUAAAAGAGCAUCAGGUCUAAAACAACACAUGCGAAUUCACACGCACGAGAAGGUUUAUGCGUGUGCGUUCUGUGAAAAUCGAUUUUCGCGUCCUGAUGAUUGUAAACGGCACCAGAAAACACACACUGACGAGAGAGAUCAUGUGUGUUUGGAGUGUGGGAAGAGCUUUACUAGAGCUGAUCAUCUGAAAAAACACCAAAGGACUCACACUGGAGAAAAACCCUACAAGUGCUCGUACUGUGAGAAGAGUUUCACUCACUCUUCAAACUUGAAAACACACGAGCUAAUUCACACCGGAGAGAGGCCGUAUUACUGUCCUCCAUGUCAGAAGGGUUUUAUACGUUUAAACAGCCUUGAAAAUCACAUGAAAAAACAUCAGAAGUCUUCAUAGUGAGGAACAGCUACCUGAAAAAUACAUUCAUGUUAAUUAUUUGUGAGAUUAAACAACUUACAUUGGUAAAUACAUGCACGGAAGAUAAGGCUUUCAUUAAAUGGCUCGUUUCCACUGACUGGUACGGUACGGUACGGUUCGGUUUGGUACGGGUCACCUUUAUCAGGCUUGCGUUUCCACUAACAAGGGUACCCUUUUGGUGGGCGUGGUGUAUGACAGAAAGUUUCAGUCGACGUCAUUCUCGCUGGAGGAAAUGUCUACAAUAAAGCUGUACGGGUCACUUACAUAUCAUAUGAGAAGCACUUCUCUCAAAACAGAUGCUUCACACACAUAAAUACUUGUGUAGAAAUGUUUAUUACUAACUUUUUAAUGAACAUGAUUUGAUUAUAACUGCAGAUCAAUGACAGUGCGAAACAGCCUACUGUAACGUCUGUAAUUAUAUUAAAUAACUAAAUAAAUGAACAUAUAUAAACACAUACAGCCCCUUACAGUCUCCGAUAUGAUACCAACUACAGAAGAACUACACACAGCUGACAUUUCGUCAGUAUUUAGGUUCAAAACAACACAAAAUAUGGCCCACAGUCAGUGAAAACCUCUUAUCUGUGUCUGUAAUCUUCAGCAGCACAUGUAGCCUCUGUUAGACAGUAAUUCCGUCAUUCCCGGUUCAUAUUAGUCCAAAAGGUGAAGAUAAUAAGUUAGUUAUACAUGGCAUUUUGUUCAUGUUUGCUGAAUAAUAAUGUGCUCCUUUUUUCCGGCUUCUCCUUUGUUUCUUUGCGCUUCACUCUCGUUUGUUAGUGUCUGACAGGAUCGGGUUUCAAAAGCACGUCAAUAAUCAAGCGCAGGUUAUUAUCAUCAGCUCAAGAAGUUUGUUAUUUCAGAUAUAAUGUUAGACGCGCGCGAGCGCUAGCAAGAAAGCGAAACCGCUCGCGCCUCAGACUGGCUCGUAAAAAACUACGGGGCACAGGGUAAAUCUGCUCUUCUUCUUGGCUUUGUGGCUGUUCAUCAAGAUGACGACAAGGUUUGUUUGAGCCCAGAUCGACCAUGGCUCGUUAUUAUAUGUAUUUAUAAUUCUGCUAAAAUCUCUCGCUGUGUUUUUCAAACAUGGCGGGUUUUUUGUUUUCAUUCUGGCUUGUUGCGUAAGCGAAUGACGUAUCUCUGUAAACCAAUAGCGUUCAGCUGCGCGUGUGGCUCUGCCUUUUGGUACCCUUUCUCGUGUUUGGUACCCUUUCGAAAGGGUGCCGAAAAAGUGGUACGGUACGGUUCGGUACGCUUUUUGACAGUGGAAACGGCCAUAAAAGCGUACCAAACCAAACCGAACCGUACCACUCAGUGGAAACGUGCCUUUAAAAAUGGUGAUUUGCAUUGUUUCUAGUACUUGGUGACUAGUUGUGCAUUGAUAGAUUUGCUCUUCAGUGUUUGGACUUUCAGAAGUGAAAAUUAAACCACACUAAACUGAACUUCAACUCUGAAAACUGGACUGACGCUGUUUCAAUUGACUAUAAUCUUCUAUGUUAUGCUGCGUUGACACAAUCUACAUCAGGAGUGGGCAAACUCAGUCCUGGAGGGCCGGUGUCCUGCACAGUUUAGCUCCAACUCUAAUCACACACCCCUGUUUAUAGAUUUCUAGUCAUCUUGAAGACACCGAUUAGCAUGUGCAGGUGUGUUUGAUUAGUGUUGGAGCUAAACUGUGCAGGACACUGGCCCUCCAGGAUCGAGUUUGCCCACCCCUGAUCUACAUUGUAGAAGCGCUACAGCAGAGAGGUCAAACACAAUUCCUGGAGGGCUGCAGCCCUGCACAGUUUAGUUCCAACCCUAAUUAAACACAGCUGGUCAAACUAAUUAAGUCUUUCAGUCUUGUUUGAAACCUAUACAGGUAAGUGUGUUGAAGCAGGGCUGGAACUAAACUGUGCAGGGCUGCGGCCCUCCAGGAAUUGAGUUUGACAUCCCUGCGCUACAGAUAUAAAGAUGAAUUGAAUAGUUUUCAUCAUUAGUCAGGCUGGUUUAUGUGUCAGUAGAUCUCAACUCAACCGCUUGUACUUUUAAUAUGUUGUACAUUAUAACUUAAUGAUUUUAAAUGCUGUCAAAUACCUAAUAUUAAUUUUCCUUUGGCUUAGUCUCUGAUUUAUCAGGGGUCUCCACCAGUGUUUGGGUAAGUUACUAUACAUUACAAUCUUGAGUUACUUCCCAAAAAAGAAACUAGUUGCAUUACUUAGGUACUUUUUAUAGUAAGUAAUGCGUUAUAUUACUUUUGAGUUACUUUUGUGUUAAUUUUUAAUUACCUGGCUGAGGCUUAAUCUCUGUCUGAACUUGUUUUUUUUUUCUUUCUUUUUGAAUAGAGAAGUUCUCAAUUAACAAUACAUAAUUUACCUUUAAAGGGCACCUAGGUUAGCCCUUUUUUCAGGUUUAAUAUAAGUCUUUUGUGUCUCCAGAAAGUGUGUGUAAAGUUUCAGCUCAAAACACCCAUCAGAUUUUUUAUUAUACCUUUUAUUAAAUUACUAUUUAUACAUUUUUUCAUUGGGUGGCGGUUUUGGUGUACUACUCCUUUAAGGCUAGUCCUUCCUGCGCACCGUUUCUACGUGCCUUAAUCUCAUCCCUCCGUCAGACAACAGACAGACUUAAAGGAAGCAGAUCUCACGUAGCGUUUGUGAGAAAUACUACAGUAAGAACUUUACCAAUUAGUAUUUAUUGUGCAGUUGCAUGGCAGGGUCACACAAAGUAUACACACACACACACACACACAGACAGACAGAGCGCCCGUUUAGCUUUGCACUCUUUUUGCACGCAAAUGUGACAGGAUCCAGGUUAAUCUCCACUGCUGUAUGGAUAUCUGUUAUGUUAAUGUACAAAAUAAACCUGAUUUAAC